GAUACGUCUGCACGUGUCUGUAAGCACAACUCUCAAAGAAUUUUUAAAGCUUACAACUCGAGCUGCCGAACUCUUGAUAUUUGCAAAGUAAUCAGCAACCUAUUGUCGUCUCUGCACUGCAAAAUGUCUACUACUACCAUGCAUUUUGGACCGGAAUGGAUGCGCACAAAACCUCAACCAGCAUCGAGAAUUCAGUCUCCUCCAUCUCCUCCCCCUCCAAACGCCUCGGGGCAUACCGCGUCUACAUAUUCCUCUCUUCUUACUACAACUGUGGCCGCGCCUGCGGAAAAUAAAGAUGAGGCUCAUCCAUUCCGAUAUACCAAAGAGGAAAUGCUGCGAAUCUACCGAGAAGGGGGCGGUAAAGGUGGACUUGGUUUGGAAGUGGAAAGAUGGGAUGGUGUGGUGAGAGAGACCGUAACUGAUCCCAUCGGAUUGAAGGAAAUUGGUGAAGCGGAGAAGAAGCUCUUUGCCACGCCACUCAACUCAGAUCUCCGGCGUCGACAAUCAACCGAUUAUUUGCAUCUUAAUACCCAAAACCUUGAGCGGCCUCGUUUGAGUCACGCAAAUACAGCUUCUGCUACAGGAAGUCCCCUCAGAGAACGCUUCGGUUCCCUUAUGACGCGUAGAAGAGACAGUACCGAUCAACCUCCAACGCUCCCCAGAAGACUUUCUUUGACCAGUCAAACUUCCAAUCCCAAUCCCCGUGAAUCCGGUAUGCCUUCGCCUUCGCCUCGCGGUCGUCUUGGUCACACGCCUGGUUUCGAUGGUGUAUUGAACGGAGGCGAAUCUUGGGUAGCUCGUCGGCGUGCUUCGGAAGGUCUUCUUCCCAAGAUUCCGGCUAAUUCCGCUCGAGAUCCAGGCGAGGACUCCAAAGAACUUGAAAUACGGGAAGAGGACGAAGAGAACCAUCUAGACUCUAACCCUGAACCAGAUCCUCAACGCGGUUCAAAAGCCACAGACCAGUUGGCUGGUGGCCUUGCAAUGCAGAAGCCUGACAAAAUUGAGUCUGGCGCUGCUCUCGAUGUUCCCGCGACGUUGAGCGUCUCGAAUUCUCCCGCCAGUACUUCUGCUUCCAUUGGCCUGCCUCCUGGAAUCGUCGACUUGUCUAGCGUAGAAUGGUCGUAUCUUGAUCCCCAAGGUCAAGUUCAAGGUCCAUUCCAAGCAAGUGUGAUGCAGAAAUGGGGCGACGGCGGUUUCUUUUCUGAUGAGCUGCUUAUGAAACGAACCUACAUUGAUAAUGAUUGGAUACCUAUGGGUGAUUUGAAACGACUUGUUGGCAGCACCGACAAAGUAUUUCUCACACCAAUCCCACUUUAUGGACCUCCUGGCUUAAUACGCCGAACCGACUCUCCCUUUUCCAACCUCAAUCCCAAUCCAAAUGAAGGAGGAUAUCAUAAUGGACCAUUACAACCUUCACCCGUACGCACACUUCGCAAUUCGACCCUGGAUUCGUUUAGUUCAAAUUACUCCGAUUCUCCGACUUCUUCCUUCGGUGCUGCUGGGAGGUUUGGUGACGGCUCUCCUGACCCUGCGGCUUUCGGAGGACGUGCCGCGCCUCAGUAUGUUUUGCCAGGCGAGAUGGGGUCCCGUUUCAAUGGCUAUCCUGGCGAGGCGUCCCCUGCUCUUUCUGGCAGGUCUGGUUUUGCAGCUCCAGCAAACGACUACCGUUCACCAGGAUUCAGCAACGUUACUCCAGGAAGAGCCAAUUCACUAGAUGUAAAUCCUGGUUUCGCCUCGCCUGCUACUUCUUGGUCAGGCUUUGACGGUAUGGCCAAUGGGAGAGGAGGCUCUAUCGAUUCAUCGAUAUAUCACCCUGGACAUCCAAACGCAGGAAUGUCAUCUCCCUUUGGCAACAACGGGUUUCAAACAUCAUUUGGUACACAAAAUCACCCGUCAUUAGGAAUGGGGGGUUUAGCUUUCGAGCAAUAUCCUCCUUCUCCCUCCGUGCAGUUCACUGAUACCUCUGUCAUGCCAAAUGCUGUUCCCGACAUAUUUGACCAUAACCAGCUACAGCAGACUCCUGCACGUCCCAGUCAACCAUCCACUAAUUCCAGUGCUGCUGCAUCUCCAUGGGGUUCUGGAGACUCCAAUAUCAACAAGCGCAACGUUCAAUUUGAUACUACCCCCGCAAAGCCGCCUGCUGUAAACAAUCAAUCACCUUGGGGUACAGGCCGGGUAUCCCGAUCCAGCUCGCAAGCAAACGAUCUUUCACCUUGGCUCGCAGCUUCCAAAGGCGUCACCGACAACUGGAAGGAAGAGCCAUCCGUUAUAUCUGAUCUCACUUCCAAUAACCUAGGGCAGCAUAAUCGGGAGGAGAAGCAGCUGGAAGAAACCGCUGAAGACGUGACAGAAAUUAUCACUAGACCCAAAGCCAACAUUGCAGAAACCCAAGCAGAUCCGGUGUUAGCUCCUGCCGUUCCGCUGCCUACGCCAUCACAUACUAAAACGACGUCACGACAAGCUCAACAGGGCACUCAAGUCAAAGCUGCCACUACUGAACCUGUUCACGUAAUCUCGGAUAUUCCUGAACCUCAGUCAGUGGUUUUACCCUCUGCUGCGCCCAAGGCUUGGGCGAAGGAGGAAGACUCUAAGAAGUCAGCUACUAGUCUCCGUAAGAUACAGGAUGCAGAAGCAAAAAAGGUUGAGGCACGAAAGACUGCUGAGAGGGAAAAGGAGCGUGCUGCUCGUGUGGCUACUCAAUCCAUAGUAUCGCCUUCUCCGGAGGAUGUUCAGACUUUCACAGCUUCCUGGGGUCUUCCGACUUCCAAAGCUGGUAAGGGUUCCGCUGCUGUCACCCCGAAAGAGUUUCUCCCACCCACUCCUGCGUCUGCGUCUGCCGCUCCACCCGUAUGGUCGACUACUGCUGCGAAGCCUGUAGCAACGAAGAAGACAAUGAAGGAGAUUCAAGAAGAGGAGGAAAGGAGGAAGAAGACUGCUGCGAAAGAAACUGUUGCAAAUGUUGCUAGUAGGAGGGCAUAUGCUGAGAGUACUUCCAAGCCCUCUCCGACAUCUGCUCCUGGCGCUAGUGCAUGGACAACAGUUGGUCCUAGUGGAAAACAGACCCCUGUGGCUACUACCCCAACUCGUCCGCCAGCUACACCAACUGCUGCCGCCGCCGUUAGUACUACAUCUAUCACGCGUGUGAAUGGCGCUGCGACUCGUCCAACUCCUACACCUGUCAGUAAAGCUCCCGUGAACAGUGCCAAGGUGGACGACUUCCCUAUAGCACCGUCAACUGAUUUCUUGAAGUGGCUUGCCGAAUCGCUCAAAGGUCUGAACAACACCGUCAACGUUGAAGAUAUCAUGUCUAUGCUCCUGUCCUUUCCUAUCGAUCCUGAUCCCUCAACGUCAGAAAUUAUUUCUGACCUCAUCUACGCCAACACCACCACUCUCGAUGGACGACGGUUCGCUGCAGACUUUUUGAGCAGACGAAAGGCAGAUGCUGUGGCGCGAGCAAAGGCUGGUCCUGGAGCGGCCGCAACCAAGAUGGUAUCAAUCGCGGAUGUAGUGAAGGCCCAACCCAAGCCUCAGGCGCAAUCGGAGUGGGGUGGGUUCAAGGUGGUGAAUAAGAAGAAGAAGGGUGGUAGGUCAUAAGUUGAGGUUAAGAUAGUGAUUUGAUCUUGAGCUUGGAUCUAAACGGUUACAAAGACAGUUGAAUAAUGGCAGUAAGUCGACAUACUGGUCCCUAGCAUUACACCUUGAGGGAUGGGAAACUUUGAACCCGGUGAUGUGAGUUGAAUUGUAUGCAGACAUUACAUGGCGUUACGUUAACGUUUAUACCGCAUUUGCACCAUCCUCCCUUAUUGCGAGCGAAGCGAAGCAAUACUGGCCAUAGGGUGAAAAAUUUCGUCAAUUCUAUAUUCGCAAAUCCCACGAGGUCACAGC